AUGGAUAUAGAAAUAUCUCAAUCAGAUCAAUCAAUUGAACAAUAUUAUGUGGAAUUUUUACGUUGUGCUAAAUGUUUACAUUAUUUUGAAUUUGAAAAUUCGUUAUAUCAUCCAAUAACAUUACCUAUAUGUUGUCGUACAAUAUGUAGACAAUGUUUUGAUAUAAUACGUAAUGAAACAAAUUGUCCACCAAAUCAAAUUUCAAAUGAAAUAAAACAUACAACAAGUGAUCAAUUAAUAACAAAUUAUCCAUUAUUACUUAUUCUUUGUGAUCCAUCAAAAUUACCUAAAGAUAAUGAAGAACGUUACGGUGAAUGUCCAUUGUAUAUGAAACUUGAUAAUGGCACAAAAUUAAAUUUUUAUCAUAUAGAAAAACUUCUUUGUGACAUAUCAUUUGUGAUUAAACCAAUAAUUAAUGAUAAACAAUGUCAACCAAUAUUUAAUCGUUCAAUGAUACGAAAUAUAUUUCACUUAUUAAAUUGUCAAUAUAUUGAUCAUGAAGGUCGUUUAAAAGUUCUGAAAGCAAUACAUCGUCUUGGUGAACGUAUAUGUAUUGAUUUUAUUCUUCAUCAUAAAAGUUUUCGACAAGUAAUAGCUGAUUUUCGUUCAACUAUUGGUUUACCAGAUGAUGAAUUUCUUGAAUCAGCUAUGCAUGAAAAUGUAUUGCGCUCAAUUUUAUUGUUUUUCGAAUAUCGUUCAGCAUUAUCACUUGAAGAAAUUGUCAUUUCUGUGUCAGAAGUACGAGGACUUCACCACCGUUUAUUAAUACAACUUGAACAAAACUUUCAAAAUUAUGAAAGUCUUCUCAAUGCUUAUGAUGUACAAUUUAUUCGAAGUGCUAUAGUAUUUGGAUUUAAUACAUCACCCGAAGUAUGGUCGAAAUUAUUGUAUGGUACUGAAGAAAAUGAAUUAUCAAUGGAAUUUAGGGGUGUCAGCGUUCCCCGUUCCUCAGCAUUCCGUUCCUAG